AUGGAACAGUCUGUUUCUGCCAUCAUUAAAGCAGAACUUUGUAACUAUGAUCCUUCUGUCAACUGGUUUUUGGAAGACUGCCCUAUUAAUUUGGGUAUUUUAAAGGCGAUGCAUGCUACUCUUCAUUUUAACGCUAUAUUGUUUAUUUCUGUUCCAAACGAAGAGAUAAUUUCGCAGGCAGUUGAAGGGCACUGGGAUAAUGACGAAGUCGUCCUUGAACUUUCCCACUCGGAUCAUGCGCUGUCAAGCAUUCGCAGCUUUUUCCAUGAAAAGGGAUGUCAAAUUUAUGAAGUAAAGUCCGCUUUUGGAGAGUCCAUUGAUGCCCAAAUUUCUCAGUUGAUCAAAGAUCACCUAGUUGGGUUAAGAAAACUAGAGCAACAGAUGGAGACAGUGGAGUGUCGAACUGAUUACAAAGCUGAUAAUGAAGAGAAUUUGUUCAUUACCUAUUGUGCUUCAAAAAUUAGUCAGGAUAUGCUUAAGCGAUUCAGUGAGAUUUUAGAAGCCAUAAGUGCCACCUUUGUUGAUCAGCUGCAGAAAGUGUUAUCAAAACUACGCCAUCAACGUCUAAAUAUUGUGGAGCAUCUUUGUGAGUGCAGAAGAACGCUGUUGACAUAUCUGAGGCGACCGAGUAACAGACAAGCACUUGUGGAUAGUUGGCAGAAGGAGCUUAAUGCGAUGCCUUUGGAGUUGUUAGAGGAUGAUGUGACUAAAGCAGAACGUCAUCUCCGCCUACAUGAGCUGGUUUUUCAGCUUCGCGAAUUGACUGAGGAACGGCGAGAUGACAACUUGACACACCUUAGAGACUUCGUUGGCCACAAUGAAUGGCAUGCAAAUGAAAGAACUAACCUGAUGAAUAACUACUGUUUGCUGCUUCAAAUAGAGUUGGAUAGGUGGCAAGAUAGGAACCGGGUGGUUGAAAUGUUUUUCCCCUCAACUGACGAUACCAAUGAGGGUAAACUGGAGGAUCAAAGGAAUCAAAACUACUACCGACUUCCAAUGUUGAAACCUCCUGGGUUAUUUACUACGGAACAGAGUCUGAGCCAAACCGCCGAUUUGAAGGCAAAACGGCGUCAACCACCAAAAGACGAACUUAGCGAGAGCAAAGUUCAGACAAUUACAUACACCACGGAGGACUUUAAAACUGACGAUGAGACAGAUCGUCCGCAACUACUUUUUGUUACCAGUGCGACGCUGACCGCCUGUGAGAUGCUUCCUCUCACACACGAAGAUGCCACCGCUAAAGCAAAAGAGGUGAAGAAGGUCAAGCAGAGUCUUGAAAAGAAAAAAGCAGGAGAGAAGGCACAGAGAAGUAGGGGCAAAAAGGAUCUUACGCCCCCACAACCCAAUCAGUAUUUGCUGGGGAGCCAAUUGAAACCGAAAGAGCCUGAACUCGCCUUCCUUUAUGAGAUUGCUACCUGUGCGCUCAAAGUGGUCCAGUUGAGACUCACGGAGGAACAAACGAAAUUGGGAAUGUAUGUGGAUGACAAUGGAGACCCACUUCCUUGUAAGGAAGAACUUCCAAAAUCUCAAGAUACCACGAGUUCUCGUUCUACAAAGACCGUCAAAAAAGUAAAGAAGACGGCACCCACACCGGAAUUGAUCAAAGAACCAGAACAGUCAGAGAAGCCCAAAGUGGAAAAGGCGAUCCGGCUCAACCUUCUUAAAGAUGAAGCGGAGAGGACUGCGCUGCGUCUACAACUAAUCAGGGAUGUGGGACUGGAGAUUUUGGCCACAUUUCAGGGAGACGUAGUGCACUUUCAGAAUGAGGGAACGCAAUGGAUUGACGCGGAAUACCGGGGAUUCCAAAAAUCGAUUACCAAGCUCGAAGAAUAUGUUCAAGAGAAGAUUGAAAGAGGCGAAUCGCUGGAAUAUCGUCUUUUGAUUGCUGACAAUGAUCCAUUCUACGUGUCCCAAGAGGUGGUUUUCACCCCGCAAAGAUUGGUCAACCUCCAUCCAUUCGACCAAGUUAUAGACGGAUCUCCUCAACCAGAAAACGAUUCAUUCGGGAACCUAUCGAAGCUCGUAGAUCAAUUCCGGAGGGAGGCGCCUCAUGGAUGCAUAUGCGAAAAGCUUUUUGUUGAACUGAUGACCGACAAGUGGGAGUGUGACCCCAUGGAACUGGCGAAGGCUUUCAUUGUCCCUCAAGGCACCAAGUCAACAGGGCUAAGUGUGGUGUCCUCGGUGGACUGGAGACGCUUCAUCGUCGCGGCUGCUAUGAGGAUGCUGAAUUCAUCCAGUGAUCAGAUGUGGGAGAGUCUGAGCGUCCUCCGGAGGACUGUGCAUGAAAUGGCCAAGUCGACGCUUGUUGGACUGCGCUUGCCAACAGAGGAGGUUAAAAAGAUCACUUCCAGUGAAGGAGUCAAGUUGGAUUCCAGAGUGUGGGACCUACUUCUCAGCCUUUUUGAGGCGCCUGGAGAGGAGGGGCAGAUGGUGGAAAUGGAUGACCUGAUGCUUUCCCUCGCUGCCUCCGGUUACUCCUCGCCAUUUGACAGCCUUGUGAGAAGUCUAGCCGCUCUGCAGACCCCCGCACUGCCACUCCCGACACCACAAACCACUCAGGCCCUCCACAAGUGA